UUCGGGGGGGAGGGGGCGUGGGGGAGGGGAGCCUGGCGUGUCCCCCGGCUGGCCACCUCCCCGGAGACCUUAUGGCCAUGGAAGGUCUGGCGGCGGCGCUGGCCACCGUGCUUGGGGGGAAGGGGUUGCUGGUGCAGAGCUGUGACUCGGAGCCGGCUGGCAAGCCGCUGUCGCCCGUGCGGCUACGGAAGAAUGUCUGCUACGUGGUGCUGGCCGUGUUCCUCAACGAGCAGGAUGAGGUGUUGAUGAUCCAGGAGGCCAAAAGAGAGUGUCGGGGGGCAUGGUACCUCCCGGCAGGGAGGAUGGAGCCAGGGGAGACCAUCGUGGAGGCCAUGCAGCGGGAGGUGAAGGAGGAGGCUGGGCUGCUCUGUGAACCCGUCACACUCCUGUCUGUGGAGGAGAGGGGCACCGCCUGGAUCCGCUUUGUAUUCCUUGCUCGACCCACAGGAGGAGUUCUGAAGACUUCCAAGGACGCUGAUGCUGAGUCCCUACAGGCUGGCUGGUACCCACGGGUCUCCCUGCCCACUCCGCUUAGAGCCCAUGAUGUUCUGCAGCUGGUAGAGCUGGGUGCCAAAUUCUGCCAACAAGCCAUGCACCCUCUCAUUCUGCCUCAAGAGUUUCCUUGCAGUGUGGUCUGCCAGCGGCUGGUGACCACCUUCACAACGGUGCAGUCGGUGUGGGUGUUGGUGGGCGCUGUGGGAACACCUCACCUGCCCAUUACUGCCUGUGGCUUUACCCCUAUGGAGCAAAGGGGUGGUAUCAAGGUGGCCAUCUUGAGGCUGCUACAGGAAUGUCUGACUCUGCACAGCUUGGCAGUGGAGACCAAAGGGUUGCUUGGACUGCAACAUCUAGGGAGAGACCACGUGGAUGGUAUCUGCCUGAAUGUGCUGGUGACGGUGGCCUUUCGGAACCCAGAAAUCCAAGAUGAACCCCCAAAGAUUCGGGGUGAGAACUACUUUUGGUGGAAGGUAUUGGAGGAAGAUUUACAAAAACAGCUUCUGAACAGAGUCCAGGCAUCUUCUGUCAUCCCCCUGAACAGAUAGAGGUGCCAGCGUUGACCCAUAGCUGAGUCGGAACCUCCCUCUGUGGCAGGGAGGAGGAUAGCAACCAGAGAUCUCAUUGCACUGUGUACAGGUUCAGGGACCCCACAUGGAGCUCUAAGGGAGGGUGCCUUGAAUUCAGUGUCCAAAGGCUGGAUUGUUCUGAGGGCACACAGUGCUUCUCUUAAAAUGAUGAGGAGCUUUAUGAACCCUAAAUGGCACCAUUUUCUUUCUUCAUCUGCUUUGGAAAAGGCCUCCUGUCAAUCCUUCCAAGGCCUUAGGAAUGUAGGGGGGAUGGGACAUGGGGGACACAUCCCUCAGGGCAGAGCCCUCAUUACUGAGUAAAAAGGUGUUGCUCAACUUG